AUGCCGGGAUGCGCCAUGUGGCUGGCCCUCCCAUGGAGAAAUUUUCGCCAGGUCUGGCUCGGUCUGGCAGUCCAUGCGCUGGCCGCUGCCGUCGCUGCUGGAUCUGAGCAGGGGUGCCAAGACACGCCCGGGUGGUCAAAUGGCUACACCGCCUGCAACAACUACUUGCCCGUGGACCCAGACUGCCACAAAGAUGGCGUCCAUUGCCACUUCUACAAGGCCCAUCCGGACUUCUGCGCGAAGGGAAUGAACGACCCAUGGAUGAACUGCUGCACCUGCGGUGGCGGUUCCACCUUCAAUGGGGUGAGACCCACCACGCCGGGCGACUCAGAGUUUGAUGGAAUCCCCCCUGAGCCAACACCACCGACUUCAUGCACCUAA